GGCAAAGCCGUAAACUCCGGCCGUGCACCAAGUAUCGAGGCCUCUGGUCCUGCCCCCGCUCUCGCUGUCAGAAAGAUCCAGCUGGACGGAGCGGGGAGUCACGCCGGGGACACAACGGUAAAAGCCCCAGCAGUGAUAAGACAACAAGGGAGGAGAGGGAGGCCGGCCCCGGUAGUGGCUUCCACCUGUGCCAUAAAUAUAGACCGCCUCUGCGCACGCUUUCUCCUCCCCUUGCCCCCUUUCCCGCCCUUAAGCACCUGCAAAAACCCCCUUAAACCCCACAAAUCGCACUAGGAUUCCUUGCGUUCCUGGCUUCUCGACGCGAUCCGUCCGGGGGGAGCUCCAGACGGGGGUUCCGCGAGCUCGAUUUCAUAGGUUUCGUCUCUGAUUUGGAGGUCUUGGGGUGGGGAUUGGGGGGGGCGCCUUUGCUUGUUUGACCCGGUUCUUGGAGUGUGAGCUGCUGCUAUAGGCUCACUCGGAGCCAGAGCAGUAGAUCUGUGGAGACAAACCCCUACAAAGCCCUCCAAAUCUUGGGAGUUCCUUCGUUUUCGUGCUGGUCUCCCAAGAAAUUGUUAAUAUUUGGGGGGAUUUUGGCUCUAGGUUGGGUCGAUUUCAGUGACCUUUUGGGGUGUUCGUGGUGGAUGAAAUUUACUGCGGCGGCAUGGCAGUAGCAGCACCGGUGUACCCGCGGCCUCCGGCGAUGUCUUCCGCCGACUCCCUCGCCUCCGGCCGGAGCCGCCGCGCGGGGCCGCCCCUGUCCCGGCCCAAGCGCGUCCGCGUCUACUUCGUGGACGCCGACGCCACGGACACCGACUCCUCCGGCGACGAGGACGAGCGCGCCAAGCGGCGCGUGCGGGAGGUCAUCGACAUCGACGUGGAGGCCGCCGGCUCGGCGCCCGCGGCGCUGGCGCUGGUGCCCCCGAAGAAGCGGCCGCUGCCCUUCUCGGCCGCGGCGGCGCUCGCGCGGCGCCGCGCGGCCGCGGCCGGGUUCCGGCGGCCUUACCGCGGCGUGCGGCUCCGGCCGUGGGGCAAGUUCGCGGCGGAGAUCCGCGACCCGGCGCAGCGCAAGCGCCUGUGGCUCGGCACCUUCGACACCGCCGAGGAAGCCGCCGCGGUGUACGACGACGCCGCGCUCCGGCUCAAGGGCUCCCAGGCUGUCGUCAACUUCCCCUCGGCCCCCGUGGCUCCGUCGCCUCGCAUGAAGCUCCGGCCUCGCCGGGAGAUCCCCUGCCCGGAGGCGGCGGCGACGGCGUCCGACCCCGAAGGAGACGACGACGACGACGACGACGGCACGCUCACCUCGCCCCUGGCGGCGCCGUCCCCCGCGCCGCUGGAGCCGGAGCCCCAGGCGGCGGACGCGGCCGCCCCGUUCUGCCCGUUCGCGUCGCCGACCUCCGUGCUCCGGUACGGCCCCGACGAGGUGGCCGGCGCGCCCGCGCUGCCGGCGUUCGACUUCCUCUACGGCGAGCUCGGCGACAUCGGCGCCGCGGCGGCGCCGUCCAAGGCGGCUGCGGCGGAGUUCGACUGGCUGCCAUGGUGGGAGGGCGAGGACUUCGUGACGGCGACGGCGCUCACGCCGUCAGCCGCCGCCGUGAGCGUGGUAUGACGGCGUCCACGCCCCUCCGCGCCCGCCCCCCCACCCCCCCACCCCCCGGCGCGGCGUGUCGUGGCGCCUGCGUGUUCGGGCGCUCGGGGCGGGAACCGGCGCGCGCCGCGUGGGCGGCCGUGCAGCGCAGGCGCGGCCGCGGGAGUAUUAAAUUACUAAGGAAAAGUAUUAUUUAUUUGUUUUGUUAUUAGCUGCUGCGGCUGCUGCUAGAGCAGCGGGGGGAGGAGCAGUGACUGAGGCGAGCGAGUGGUUGCUUGUGGCGGCGAGUCCUGGGGCGGAAGGGCGCAGGGGGCGUGGCGGGCCCCACCCACCGAGGCGGCCGGGCGGGCGCUGCUUUCCGCGCGCGGGGGGUGGUGCCUUGAACCGCACGGCUCCUGCCCCGCCCGAUGUUUUUGGAGUGGAGUGAGGAGUGGUGAUGUGUAAUUGUAAUCGUCAUGGUGAACUGUUGAUGUGGUGGUUAGCUAGUGAUUAGUGGUGGCCUGGGAUGCAUGUGCUUAACGUUGAUUGUUGUUACUGCACCCUUCUGGGCAAGUAAACCAACUCCAGCGGAGCUUGUUCAUGCCAAAUAUUCGUGUUCGAAACUCGAAUCCGAUGAUCUAACUAGCAAGAGGUGAUGAGCUGUUGCUAUUUCGCCCCUUGCCAUCCUGGAACGGCCAUACCAUACAAAUGCCAUGGCUCGCAUGAGGCCAUUUCGUAUGGAGGUUCUAUGAUG